UUUUACAUCUAUUAAUUUAUAGUUCUUUUGUUACCCAGGUGGUUUACACAUGGAAGAUGGACUUCAACCGCAGUUUAUUAUCGGCGGCCACAAUCCUUGUGCCCAAGGCUACUGCUUCACCAAGUGCGAGCAGUAUGCCGACCUGGGCACACAACUCCUGGGUGUGCCUGUUCACCGCCAUGCUGGUGGUAGCUAUAGGAGGAAAUGUUAUUGUUAUAUGGAUUGUUACGGCACAUCGUCGGAUGCGUACAGUCACGAACUACUUUCUCGUCAACUUGUCAUUUGCUGAUCUGAUGAUGGCAUCCCUUAACUGUCUCUUCAACUUUAUCUACAUGUUACACAGUGACUGGGUGUUCGGCGUUCGUUACUGUCAGCUGAGCAACUUCAUAGCGAAUGUGACGGUCGCGGCCAGCGUGUUUACUCUUACCGGAAUCUCUUUUGAUAGGUACCAAGCGAUCGUGCGUCCGAUGCGUCCGAGGAUGUCGAAGACUUGUUCCCUCAUCAUGAUUGCAUGCAUCUGGAUCAGCGGCAUGCUGCUCGCAAUACCUUGUCUGCUGUACUCUACGACAAAGGAAUACAGGUCCAAAGGAACACUGAAGACGGCGUGCUUGCUAUCCUGGCCUGAUGGUCUCCCCGACGUAUCAUACAUGGACUUUGUGUAUCAGGUGCUGUUCUUCGUGGUGACAUACGCCAUUCCCAUGCUGGGAAUGACAUUCUUCUACUCGGCCAUGGGGAAAGUUCUAUGGGGUUCAGGAUCCAUUGGCGAGCUGACACAGCGCCAGGUUGACUCCAUUAGGUCGAAACGGAAGGUCGUGAAAAUGUUCAUCCUCGUGAUAGUGAUAUUCGGGAUCUGCUGGCUGCCGUACCACACGUACUUCAUCUACACGCACUUCAACCCCUCCAUACUGUACAUGAAGUAUGUCCAGCACGUGUACCUCGGCUUCUACUGGCUCGCCAUGGCCAACGCUAUGGUCAACCCCAUUAUCUACUACUGGAUGAAUGCCAAGUUCCGAACAUACUUCCGCACGGCGAUCCUGUGCCGGUGGCGCGACAUCCUGCGCCGGCGCAAGCGCCCGCUGCCCGAGUCGCCGCCGGACUGCAUCUCACAGUCCGGGAGUCGAUCCCGAUCAGGUUUUUACUCGUUAACGUAUCGAGGAACUCAGAAAUUCAAGAGGAAGUGCAGUGGCAGAAUGGCCGCGCUCGUCGUUUCGGACGUACAACGACCUCCCGUUGCGGAGACCGCUUUCGCUUGCUAGCUGCCCCAAGUGCCCGCAUAGGACCUAUUAUGAUGCCUACAUCCACGGAAGGAAAGUGUAAAUAUCUCAUUGUUACAUUGACAAUAACGUCAAGCGAUUGUAAACGACAGUGAUCAUAGUGUAAGUGAACGUUCAGUGUAUUAUAAACUCUAUUACUUAGAACAUAAGAUAUAUGUUGUAAAACUAUGCAUCGAUUGAAGUCACUAAUAUUUUGUGACUGACUUUCUGUGACUCUUUGCAUUUCAAUGUGUUAAAUUAAGCUCAAUAGAAGCAUGUUAAGUCAAAUAUAAUAUUUAAAUCUUUGUGUUUCAUAGUGGUAACAUGUUUGAAACAGUCAAAUAUUUGUCCAAUGUAAAGUUGCAAAGAAAUAUGAACACACCGUCACACAAUAGUUUAUGUUAAAAAUUUACUCUUAUAUUGUCCAAUUUAGUUUUUGUCUCUUUCAGCUUAUAAUUUUUUUUAUGACAAAAACAUUAAAUAAACUAUUUUGUUUCGUAAAUUGGAUUAUCAACAUUUUACUAUCGACUGUACCUGUGAACGGAAUAGAGAGAUCUCAUCUUGUUGUGGAAAAGCGCUGCGUUGGUCUUGCGUCUAAACCGUGCCGUACACUAUCACGCUUUUUUUAUAUAAAUGCGGACAACAUCAUAUACAUUGUUCCGAACCCAAAGUAAGUUGCUAA